GAGCUCACCCUGGGUCUCUCAUGGAGGCGUCUCUAACCAGGGUAGGAAAACAGCAGUUUUGAAUAUCAGUAAUUGGCGUUUGGAGACAAUUGCUUUGCAUGCAACAGGCAGGAAAAUGUGAGGAGAGUGGAAGCUGCCCUUUAAAGACAGGCAUUUUACCUGCAGCAAAAUGGACAGUCCAAGACGAUGAAUGAACAUGAGAACCUCGACUUCUGUGGAUGUUUGGGGAAAGUUCCAGGAUGAGAAGCAAGGCGCAGGCGUGGGAAUAGGAAGGAGGUUCGCUUGCUUUGCGCAGAGGCUGAGCCACAGGAGAAAGCAAAGCCAGUGUGAUUUAUUGAAUGAAAGCGCUGGACAGUUACCAACAACUUGUUCGUCUGCUGCCUCGAACAACCUAAACUGGAACUGCCGUGUGAAAAUGACCCAACAAAUGCAGAAUCUACAUCUUUCUCAGUCGAAGAAACAUAGUGCUCCAUCAUCUCCCAAUGCUGCCAAACGCCUGUACAGAAACCUCUCUGAGAAACUGAAGGGGAGCCACUCUUCAUUUGACGAGGCCUAUUUUCGAGCAAGAACAGACCGGCUGAGCCUCAGAAAGACCUCAGUGAACUUCCAGGGCAAUGAAGCCAUGUUCGAAGCGGUCGAACAACAGGACAUAGAUGCCGUGCAGAUCCUCCUGUAUCAGUACACACCGGAAGAACUAGAUCUCAACACACCCAACAGCGAGGGGCUGACGCCUCUAGAUAUCGCCAUCAUGACCAACAAUGUGCCCAUCGCCAGGAUUCUUCUGAGGAUGGGGGCCCGGGAAAGUCCACACUUUGUCAGCCUGGAAAGCCGAGCAAUGCACCUCGCCACACUGGUGCAGGAAGCCCAGCAGAGGGUGAGUGAACUGUCCGCCCAGGUGGAGAACGAAGGACCCAGUCUGGACAACACAGAGAAAGAGAAACAGCUGAAAGCUUGGGAGUGGAGGUGUCAGCUCUACAGACGCAUGAGGACGGGCUUCGAGCACGCCAGAGCCCCCGAGGUGCCAGCCGGCGCCUGUCUCGUGGUGACCGGCAGCACCACGCUCACCGUCAGCUUUCAGGAGCCUCUUAGUGUCAAUGCCGCAGCAGUAACCAGAUACAAAGUGGAAUGGAGCAUGUCUAAAGACUUUUGUCCUUUGGUUGGAGAAAUCAUCAUGGAAAACCUGCAGACCCUGAGAUGCACAAUCACAGGACUUACAACGGGCCAAAAGUAUUUUGUUCAAGUCUCGGCUUAUAACAUGAAAGGAUGGGGACCUGCUCAGACCACGGUACCGGCAUGUGCCUCGCCUUCUAACUGGAAAGACUAUGACGACAGAGAGCCCAGACACAGGGGACAGAGUGACAUUUUGGAAGGUCUGCUGCAGCAGGUCCAAGCCCUUCAUCAGCAUUAUAGCUGCCGGGAAACUUCAAAAUUACAAACCACGGGCCGCAAGCAGUCAGUCUCAAGGAGCCUGAAACACCUAUUCCAUUCCUCAAAUAAGUUUGUGAAGACCUUAAAACGGGGACUCUACUUAGCCGUUAUAUUUUAUUACAAAGACAAUAUGUUAGUCACCAAUGAAGAUCAAAUACCGAUUGUUGAAAUUGAUGACUCUCACACCAGUUCCAUUACACAAGAUUUUCUGUGGUUCACAAAGCUGUCUUGUAUGUGGGAAGAUAUAAGGUGGUUGAGACAAAGCGUACCUAUCUCCAUGUCCUCAUCCACAGUGCUGCAAACUCGGCAGAAGAUGCUUGCAGCCACAGCCCAGCUACAGAAUUUACUUGGAACACACAACUUGGGAAGAGUUUACUAUGAGCCCAUUAAAGACCGGCAUGGAAACACCCUCAUAGUCACCAUCAGAGAAGUGGAGAUGCUCUAUUCAUUUUUUAAUGGCAAAUGGAUGCAGAUCUCAAAGCUGCAAAGCCAAAGGAAGUCUUUGUCAACACCCGAGGAGCCAACAGCUUUAGACAUUUUACUGAUCACCAUCCAGGAUAUUCUCUCUUAUCACAAAAGGAGUCAUCAGCGUCUCUCUCCUGGAUUAUAUCUGGGUUACCUAAAGCUGUGUAGCUCUGUGGAUCAGAUCAAAGUGCUAGUUACCCAAAAGUUGCCCAACAUUCUCUGCCAUGUGAAGAUCCGUGAAAACAAUAACAUCUCCAAAGAGGAGUGGGAAUGGGUCCAAAAGCUUUCUGGCUCUGAAUCUAUGGAAAGUGUGGAUCAUACUUCUGACUGCCCCAUACAGUUGUUCUUCUACGAGCUCCAGAUGGCAGUGAAAGCUCUCCUUAAGCAGAUCAAUAUACCUCUACACCAGGCAAGGAACUUCCGCCUCUACACACAGGAGGUGUUGGAAAUGGGUCACAAUGUGUCCUUUCUUCUCCUGCUCCCUGCCUCAGACGACGUCUGUACAGCCCCAGGACAGAAUAAUCCUUACACCCCACACUCAGGGUUUCUUAACCUCCCUCUUCAGAUGUUUGAACUUGUUCAUUUUUGCAGCUACAGGGAGAAAUUUAUUAGUCUGUAUUGCCGCCUUUCUGCUGUUGUGGAGCUGGAUUCUCUGAAUACCCAACAGUCCCUGAGGGAAGCGAUCUCAGACAGCGAGGUUGCAGCUGCCAAACAAAGACACCAGCAAGUUUUAGAUUUCAUUCAGCAAACAGAUGAAGUUUGGCGUGAAAUGAGAUGGAUCAUGGAUGCUCUACAGUACGCAAGAUACAAACAACCAGUUUGUGGCUUACCCAUCACAAAGCUGAUAGACCCUUCAGAUGAGCAGAACCUCAAGAAGAUCAACUCUACAUCAUCACAUAUAGACUGUCUUCCAUCCCCAUCCCCAUCCCCAGAAAUGCACAGAAGAAAGGCAGUGAGCGAUUCACAGCCCUGCUCUGAUGAAGAAGGCUGCUCAGAAGUCUUCCUUCCCACCGACAGCGACUAUGACUCCAGUGAUGCUCUGAGCCCCCGAGACCUGGACCUGGUGUACCUGUCAUCACACGACAUCGCCCAGCAAGCACUAAGUGGCCUAAAUGGCAGCGCCCCAGACGUCCUGCAGGUGCAUGACAUGAAGAGUCCUCUGGGGCCGGGCCAGGACCCCCAGGGCCGAGUCCCGGGGCCAGAUCCUGACCACUCGUGCGCCGAGGUCCUCCACAGCCUGACACUCACCGGCCUCGCGUCCAAGAACCACGCCAAGAUGGCGCCGGGCUCGCGGCCGCCGCUGGGCUUCCUGGGAAAGCGGAAGCCGGCCAAGCACCCGCACUACGGCGGCUUCAGCCGCCACCACCGCUGGCUGCGCAUGCACAGCGAGACGCGGUCGCUGUCGCUGUCUGAGGGCGUUUACACGCAGCACCCGUCCCGGGCCUGCAGCCUGGCCCACGAGCCCGCAGAGACCCAGAGGCUGGGACCAGCCCCCGAUGGGCCCCGGAGCCUGGUUCUAGCCCACACCACGAGCCUCCCUGAGGAGGCGAAGAGCUGCCUCCAGGACCCGCGGCCUGCGGUACACCACAUCUACGUGGAGCCUUACUCCGCGGCCCUGGUGGACGCAAAGCCCUGGGUUGCCUUGAGCCCGCCCGCCGGAAGCCACUCUGGCCUGCGCAGCCCCACGGGCCCGGAGAUGAGCCCCGAGGGUCCGACCACGUCUCCGGUGUCAGAAAUACUCAGCAGCAUGCUUUAGGGAGAGUUCCUGUUCCUCCGCACGUCCCUGCAUUUUCCAUCACCCUCCAGCCCGCCCCCAACGUGUCCCCAUCCCUUUUCAAAUGGUUUGAAUGUUAAAACUCCAAAAGUUAUAGGUUCAAGGCCCUCUUUUUUAGAAAAGAGUUGGGUGGAGGUGAGAGUUGCCAGUGUUGUUCCCAUUUCAGGGCAUAGAAGAGCUUUUGUGUCAACAUGGAGUCCUAGACAACAACGGUUCAAACAUGCCGACCUGUUGGGGGGCACCCGUGCCUGAGGCAGGGCUACCUAAAGAGCCACCCUCAGUUCUGCAGCUGGCUCUGUAAUCUGACCUUUGGGUUUAGGGCU